AUGGCUCGUGAUUUGGCCGAUUUCGACAAGGGAAUACGGCGCGCGUUACAUGAGGUUGUCAAAGACAAUAAAUCAUUGCGGGUCACGUCGAAGGUUAUGCAGCAGUUCAAUAACCUUGUUCUCAAACCGGUCGCAAAAUUCACCAUGGCCGGCCCCCUUGUCAUAGUCAUUGAUACUCUGGAUGAGAGCGGGGAUGCCCGAGCCUGCGAGGACCUGCUUCGUGAGCUGGCUAGCAAAACUAAACCCCUUCCCUCCAAUUUCCGCAUCCUCAUCACAUCCCGCCCAGAACCAGAUAUCAUGCGGUUGGACAACUCGACAAUUCGGGCGUGGGAUGUGUCCACGGGCGAUGCUGUGGGUGGUCCUCUCAAGGGACGCACGUAUUCGGUCAAUUCUGUCGCUUUCUCGUUGGACGGGUUGCGGAUCGUGUCAGGCUCGUCCGACCACACAAUCCGGGUGUGGAAUGCAGCGACGCAUACUGCUGUGGGAGACCCUCUCGAAGGACACGCAGGAGUGGUCAAAUCUGUCACUUUCUCGUCGGAUGGACUGUGGAUCGUGUCUGGCUCGUCCGACUCCACAAUCCGGGUGUGGGAUAUUGAGACAUGUACUACUGUGGGCAACCCUCUCGAGGGACAUACAGGUCCGGUCACAUCUGUUUCUAUUUCGCUAGAAGGAAAGUGGAUCGUGUCAGGCUCGUACAACGACCCAAUCCGGGUGUGGGAUAUGGUAACGCAUGUCUCUGUAGGCGACCCUCUCGAGCUAAACAUAAGUGUAGUCUAUUCUGUUGCCUUGUCGGCAGACGGAUCGCGGAUCGUCUCGGGCUCGUGGGACUUGACAAUCCGGGUAUGGGAUACAGCGACGCGUGCCGCUAUCGUGUCCGGAUCGCACGACAACACAAUCCGCGUGUGGGAUGCGGCGACACGUACUGUUCCGGGUGACCCUUUGGAGGGACACACAAAAUGGGUAACUUCUGUUACUUCCUUGCCAGAUGGGAAGCGGAUCGUGUCGGGCUCGCAGGACAACACAAUCCCCGUGUGGGAUGCGGCAACACGUGCUGCUCUGGGCGACCCUCUCGAGGGACACACAGAUCGAGUAUUUUCUGUUGCUUUCUCUCCAGAUGGGAAGCAGAUAGUGUCAGACUCGUCUGACAUGACACUCCGGGUGUGGAAUCCGGUGACGCACAGUCCUAUUGUGUCAGGCUCGUCCGACAACACGAUCCGCGGGUGGAAUACGGCAACGCAUGCUGGCGUGGGCGAUCCUUUCGAGGGGCACACAGACCGGAUUGGUUCAGUUGCUUUCUCACUAGAUGGGACGCGGAUUGUGUCCGGAUCGGACGACAACACAGGACACACAAGAUGGGUCACUUCUGUUGCGUUCUCGCCAGACGGGUUGCAGAUCGUGUCCGGAUCUCAGGACAACACAAUCCGCUUGUGGAAUGCGGUGACACGUGUUGCUCCGGGCGACCCUCUCGAGGGACACACAGGUCGGGUAUUUUCUGUUGCUUUCUCUCCAGAUGGGAAGCGGAUAGUGUCAGACUCGUAUGACUCCACAACCCGGUUAUGGGAUACAGAGAGGCACGCUCCUGUGGGCGACCCUCUCAAGGGACACGUGUAUUCGGUGACAUCUGUUGCUUUCUCGCCAGACGGGUUGCAGAUCGUGUCAGGCUCGAUGGACAACACAAUCCGGGUGUGGGAUUCGCCAAUGGUUCAACUUGCAUCGACCAAUGAGGUCGAUGGUGCACAGAAUGUAUCCUCCCUUAAUUCUCAUUUCCCGUCAUCUGCAGCACGCAAUGCGUCAACGUGGCCUCAAUAA